GAAGAUUUCAUAUUUCAUAUUGCACGUCUUCCACAUAUCAUAUAACAGCAGCAGCCAUGGCGCCUCUCAUUCCCUCGCAAGAAGAACUGGAACGGCGGAGGAUCGUGGGGAUCAACGCCGAGACGGUGACGAAUAUGUCCUCUACGGAUUUUCCUGGCCAUUGGCCUGGUGAAGACCAUGCUUGGGAUUUGAACAAGUUUCGCGAUGGUUUCCAGGUUGAAUUCCAUCGCAACGACCGGUUCGAGGCGGCUUUCUCACUGAUCGGCCUCGAUGCUGCCAUUGCCAAUGCUUUCCGUCGGAUCAUGAUGGCAGAGAUCCCAACUCUUGCCAUAGAAUACGUCUUCGUUCAUAACAACACCUCGGUCAUCCAGGACGAGGUUUUGGCUGCUCGACUCGGCCUCAUCCCGCUCAAGGGUUCUGUGGAGGGUAUCAACUGGAUGCGCUGGUUCAAGAAGCCAACGGAGGAUGAUCCGGAAGGCGGAAGCAGUCCCGCAGACUAUAAUACUAUUGUGUUGCACUUGAGCGUCGAGUGCACGAAGAACCCGAAUGCUGCGCCGGGUGAACAGGAUCCUCGCAAACUCUACCACAACGCUCACGUCUACGCGCGGGACAUUGCCUUCAAUGCCGUUGGUCGCCAGGAGCAGUACUUCGUCGAUGACGAGGCUAUCCAACCGGUGAACCCGGAUAUCCUUGUCGCAAAGCUGCGGCCUGAUCAGAAGAUCGAGAUCGAGAUGCACUGCAUCAAGGGUAUCGGGGCCGACCACGCAAAAUUCUCCCCCGUCGCCACCGCGAGCUAUCGGCUCAUGCCAGAUAUCAAGAUCCUCCGCCCUAUCCUCGGUGACGAUGCCAAGAAGUUUGCCAAGUGCUUCCCCAAGGGUGUCAUUGGCCUCGAGAAGGUCACGUCGCAGGAGGCCGCUCAGAAGGGCAGUGGCUACGAGGGCCACGCGGGAGACAUCAAAGCCGUGGUGCGCGAUGCGUUUAACGACACGGUCAGCCGGGAAUGUCUGAGACACGAGGAAUUCGAGGGUAAGGUCAAACUGGGCCGUAUUAGGGAUCACUUCAUCUUCAACGUGGAGAGCACGGGUCAGUUUGAGAGCGAUGUUCUGUUCCUUGAGAGCGUCAAGCUUCUCAAGCUGAAGUGCGCAAGAUGGAAGAGGGGCCUGACCGACCUUAUGCGGUAAUCGUCGACGUAUCUUCCCCUUGCAUUGCGUUGCCUCAAAAAAUGCAUUUUCCUGGCGUUGGAUUCCCUCUUUUGUUUUUUUUUUUUUUUCUUUUUGG